AUGGCCUCCCUCUCCCCUCUGACCUCCAUCUUCCGCUCCUCCGCCACCCGUUCAUUCUCACGGGUGCGCAAGCCCAUCCCCACACUGGCCGCCUCCCCGCGUUUAUUGCGGACGGUGUCGACCAAACACCCAGCAGGCUUUGAGCCACCCACCGAGGAGGAUUUGCUGGAAUUGCGCGAUCGAGUGCAGGAAUUUACUCGUGAGUCUACUGCGUCCCUGGUGGAUGCUGUAGGUGCAAUCACUCACAAGUGUCUUGAUUCAGGCCGCGAAAUCCCAGCCGAGGUUGCCGCACGGACAGACGAACAGAAUGAGUUUCCUGCAGACAUGUGGAAGAAGCUGGGUGAUGCUGGGUUCCUCGGCGUGACGGCUAAUGAAGAAUACGGCGGUCUGGGAAUGGGCUACCAGGCCCAUUGCGUGGUGAUGGAAGAGCUCAGCCGAGCCUCUGGCAGUAUCGGACUGUCGUACGCUGCGCAUUCACAACUCUGCGUGAAUCAGAUCUCACUCAAUGGGUCAGCCGCGCAGAAAGAGCGAUUCCUGCCUGGCCUCCUGUCUGGUGAGAAGGUCGGCGCGCUGGCUAUGUCCGAGCACUCGGCGGGCUCGGAUGUCGUGAGCAUGAAGACUACGGCGAAGGAGGUGGAUGGUGGGUGGGUGUUGAACGGGACGAAGAUGUGGAUUACCAAUGGUCCUGAUGCGGACUUUAUUGUUGUAUAUGCCAAGACUGAGCCCGAGAAGGGCUCGAAGGGAAUCACGGCCUUUGUCGUGGAGAAGUCGUUCAAGGGCUUCUCAUGUGCGCGCAAGCUCGACAAGCUGGGCAUGCGCGGCUCGAACACGGGUGAGCUGAUCUUCGAGGAUGUGUUUGUUCCUCGGGAGAACCUCUUGGGCGAGGUGAACCGUGGCGUUCGCGUGUUGAUGGAGGGUUUGGAUCUGGAGAGACUUGUGCUGAGCGCUGGGCCUCUGGGAAUCAUGCAAGCAGCCCUUGACCUGGUCCUCCCCUACACUCACGUGCGAAAGCAGUUUGGAUCCCCCAUCGCACACAACCAGCUCAUCCAGGGCAAGUUGGCGGACAUGUACACCAAGCUAGCCGCCUCGCGGGCCUACACCUAUACCACGGCGCGACAGGUUGACCAAGCCGCCGUGGCACCGGGCGAGAUGGUGGUCCGGACGCAGGAUUGCGCCGGAGCAAUCCUCUAUGCCGCUGAGCGGGCGACAGAGUGUGCUCUGGACGCGAUUCAGCUGAUGGGUGGCAGCGGCUAUAUUAAUGAGAUCCCUGCCGGCCGAUUGCUGAGGGAUGCGAAGCUGUAUGAGAUUGGAGCUGGCACGAGCGAGAUUCGACGGAUGGUUAUCGGUCGUGCUUUUAACAAGGAGUAUGCGUAG